AUAAUAACAAACCACAAUAACGACAAAUACAAUAAUAAUUAGUUAUUGUUAUUUAAUAAUUAUUAAUAAUUAUAAGUAAUAAAAGUAAUUAUUAUGAGCGAGUUGAUGCCACGAGAUGUGCUGAAGUGGGUGCAUUCUCUGGACUUAACCCGUAACAUCACAAACCCACAAUGGGAUUUAAGCAGUGGCUUCAUAAUAGGGCAGAUGUUAUACCGAUACUUUCCCAAUGUAGUGCCUUUGUAUAGAUUUCACGACGGUUCAAAGCUGGAGUACAGGUUAUUUAACUGGACCCUUAUAAAGCAGAUUCUAAAUAAGGUGGGCAUUUCCGUCCCCACGUUAAUGCUGGACGCAACUGCCCACUGCAAGUUCGGGGCCGCUAGGAUGACCCUAAUAAAACUUUACGAACAACUAAAUGGUCGCAGUGUACCAGGCCAGCCAGACAAUUUAAGUGACCCAAAUUUCACAGACAGACGCUACCAGCUCAAAAUUCCACCGCUCGCCAGGUCAACGACCGUAAUGACCUUGAGAACUAACUUCAAGGACACCGAAAGAAAGGUCAUGCCGGACAUUGAAUGCCAAAGGUUGAAGGCCCGAAAUAUAAUUGAAAGCCACGUCAGCCUCUUGGCAGAAGAGAAGAGGAAAAACAUAUGGAGGUACAGGUCUAAACCAAAUCUGCUCGAUUCAGCCGUUAGGAAGACACCGCCACCUGGAUUGUAUACAGAUUAUUCCUUUGAUCAAACGCUGGGGAAAUACUGAAAGACGAAAUCAGAAAAAAUGGAGAGAGAGAGAGAAAAAAAAAGAAAGAGAGAGAGAGAGAGAGAAAGUAAAUGAUUAAUCAAUUUUAUGUAAAUUUCUAGUUUUAAAUUUUCAUGUUUGAAACGGAGAACAAAACUUUCAUCUUACCCACUAUUAUUUUAUGUUUUAUUAAUUUGAAAUAAAGAAUACAUAAAUAA